AUGCCAAGUUUCUGCCAAGUUCCAUGGCGCAAGACAACACUUCCUGGUUGCUCCUUACUUACCCAUCUUCCUCAUUCUACUAUUCAAAUGGUAUUCCAAGUCUGCAAUCAGCAAAAGCUCACUCCCUUCUCCACCAAAAUUGCCAGUGAUAGGAAAUCUCCAUCAAUAGGUUUGUACCCUCAUCGUACCCUCCAUUCUCUGGCUCAGAAGUAUGGCCCCUUGAUGCUUCUUCAUCUUGGGAGAAAACCAGUACUUGCAGUCUCUUCUGCAGAAGCUGCUCGCGAGGUGAUGAAAACCCAUGAUCUAGUAUUUUCAAACAGGCCUAAGCUUAAAAUGUUCGAUAUGCUAUUAUAUGGCAAGGACGUUGCAUCAGCUCCAUGUGGAGAAUACUGGAGGCAGUUAAGAAGCAUCUGCGUGUUGCAUCUUCUGAGUAACAAAAUGGUUCAAUCCCUUCGCGGCGUGAGAGAGGAAGAAACUUCCGUAAUGAUGGAAAAGAUCAAGCACACUUGUUCUGCUAACAGAUCAGUGAACUUGAGCGAGUUAUUUUCAUCGAUUGCGAACGAUGUGGUUUGCAGGGCGGCUUUGGGCAGGAAAUAUGGCGAGGGGAGUGGGAGAAAAUUUAUGGAGUUACUAGACAACUUUGGAGAGCUAAUGGGUUCUUUUGUGUUAGGGGACUAUACACCUUGGCUUGAUUGGCUUGGUCAUGCGAAUGGCUUUUACGCUAGAACACAUGCAGUGGCUGAAGAGUUUGAUCGAUUUCUGGAGGAAGUAGUUGAGGAGCACAUGAAUCGUCCAAAAGAAGCCUAUGAUUCUACUGAAGGCGAUGAUGAUUUUGUGGACCUUUUGCUUUCGCUCCAAAGGACAAACUCUAUUGGCUUUCCCAUUGACAGAUCUGCCAUAAAGGCUGUGAUCUUGGUAAGAAGCCUAGGAAAGAAAGCGAUGCAAAAAAUAAAGGGCAUUUAA